AACCCGCGCUUCUCCCUCUGCCAUCAUCGAAUCCAUCCAUUGCUAUUAUGGCAUUCAAUAUGCUCUUCUCCAUUCCCCUCCACCACCACCACCACCACCACCACCUCCACGGCACCGCAUUGAAUACGCGGCACCUUUGCGCCUCCGGCGAUCCCUCCAAACGCCCCCAACCCGACGUCGUCGUCCUCUACACCACCUCUCUCCGCGCCAUCCGCCGCACCUUCGAGGAUUGCCGCGCCGUCCGCUCCAUCCUGGACGGCCUCGGCGUAGCCGUCGACGAGCGCGACGUCUCCAUGGACGCGGGGUUCCGCCAGGAGCUUCAGGUGGCGAUGGAGGGCCUCCGGCCCUUCGUGCUCCCCCAGGUCUUCGUCGGCGGCCGGUGCCUCGGCGGGGCGGCGGAGAUCUACGCGAUGCACGAGGCCGGGGAGCUCGGGAGGGCGCUCGAACCGGUGGCACGGCGCCGGGAUUCGAGAUUCAGCGUCUGCGGCGGCUGCAGCGGCGUGCGGUUCGUGCCCUGCUCCGUUUGCCGGGGCAGCCGGAAGGUGUUCGUGGAGGAGGAGGGGCGCGCGCGUCGGUGCGUGGAGUGCAACGAGAACGGGUUAAUACGUUGCCAGGAUUGCCGUUGAUGUGAAUACGUUAUAAGACAGCGUUUUGAAGAUCUCAGACCGGUUCAAUUAACGAAACCCGAGUCAGUCUGGUCUGAAAAAUGAAUGUAGAAAGAAAUACAGGCGGUAGAAUCGGCCAGAUUGUAUCAAACAAUAAGUUUUUAAUACCUUCAGUUUGCAGACUUAUAAACUAUAUAUACCGUGUAGAAUCGGCCAAACUUUUUACCUUGAAUUUUAAUACAGAGUUGAAACAAUAA